AUUGCACAUAAAUGAAUCGCACCGCAUACCAUGAUUCAUUCUGCACGCCAACCAAUUUCACAUUGGCUGUCUAACGGCUGAUUGGUUGAGGUGGCUUGGCGUAGUUUGGGUGUUCGAAACUAUCGGAACAUACUCGACUGAGGAAAUGUUGACCGACGACAGCUUUUCACUAUCUAUUACACCAAAGGAUGUGCUUUAUCUUAGACUUCAUAGACGUACAGACAGCGGUGUAGCCGGUGGAAACGCAGUUAUUGAUCUGCACAAUGAGGGAAAGUGCAAAUUACACUACAAGCUGGAGUCCAAUGUACCCGAAUUGUACUAUUUCAAACCUCGAUAUGGCUGCCUCGAUCCGGGGCAAGAAGCUAAGGUUAUUGUGUAUUCACUCUCGUACGAUCUUCCUCAUCCGUCAACCGGUAAGCAAGAGAUACUAGUUAGAAGCAUGAUAGCGAAGAACGCAAAAGAUGAGGGCUUAAGCCAACUGUGGGAGAAUACCAACCCAACACAAAUUCGGACACACAGACUAAAAUGCAUUCCUUUCGAGAAUGGGGAACUGUUUAUGGAACCGAACCGCGAGCUUAUGUUUGAAGGUCCAUUCGAUUUACCGUUUUCGUCCACAAUCCACCUGACUAACCGAUCCAUCGACUGCAUACAAUUUGAUACACUAACAUCGUCUACUGACCUUGUAGUUUUUCCACCCGAUGGAUUCAUAUGGCCAUAUAACGAAAUGGAUUUGAUUGUCAUUCGGAAACCACUGAAAGCAGGUGAUAACAAUGCAACCAGCGAAUCAAUCAAAAUACAAACAGCAAUGUUUCCGAUCGAUAGACCGCAACCUACAUGGGAAAUGUGGUCCGCCGCCCCGAAAAAGGAAACAAUAAUCAAGUGUGUGUACAACACACGAGAAACCUCACCGUCUGUCACAGAUUUCCAAGCAAUGAAAAACGCUCUUCAGGCUGUUGAAUCUGUCAAGAGCAAUUAACGCACCGCCUUGGAAGAUUCGAUGCACUAAAUUAAGGCAACUAUUAUGUUUUAUUUGUUGGGCACCUCCCACCUGCUCCCUUCGAGUACUUUGUGUAAAUGUUAAAAAUCACCUCUGCGUUGAUUUUUCUCAAAAAUCCCGAGUGUUUUACUGCAUUAACUCAACUUUCCACAACAUUUCAAAUGCAAUGAUU